UGUCUGUCAUGUCAUAACAAAAAAGGCCCGUGAGAUGUGUUAACCUAAUUUUCGAUUAAUUACCUCCAUUCGCACACCGUUUUCACAUCUCCCAGUUUAAGUUGCCAAUACAUUUCCAUUGAAUUGAUCGAAUUGUGCUAUGUUUUCGAACUGAAACUGGAUUGUGUGCGACUUGAGCAACGUCCGGCCGAUAUUUUACCAUCCAAUCUAUAAAUAAUCGUUCGAUAUUGCUUGUCCAGUUCCGUUGGAAUCUCGAUCAAUGUCGCCUCCGUUAGACGACGAAUCGCCAAUGGAAGUCGAAGAAUCCAUGCCGACCGGCGACAUUAAUCUAGACGAUGUACGGAAAAUCGUUGAGAAACCAAUGUGCAAAGGGGAAUCGUGGUACUUGGUCGACAAAAAGUGGUACGAACAGUUCGAGAAAUUCGUCACCGACAAAGAACCAACUCACAAUCCCGGACCGAUAGACAAUUCCAAGUUGUUCAAUUCAUCGGCUAACGGAUCGUUCGAGCUGAGGGAUCAACUGGAGGAGGAAUUGGACUAUAAAUUUGUACCGGAAGAAGCGUGGCAAAUGUUGUACGGCUACUUUGGCAUUCAAAAUGACCGGCAUACGAUCAAGCGAUGGGUGAUUGAAGAGGGACACAACUCCACUUCUUGUACAGUCGAGAUUUACCUCGUCGACUUGAAGUUGUGCUCGUACGAACGGCAGAAUAAUUUUGUGACUAGUUCGUACAGUCGCAUGACAACGUUGCACGAUCUGGAAGAUGACAUGAAGCGACUGUUCAAAUUCGAUCCGUCGCGCGAAUCAAAAAUGUAUCAUUUGAACACCCUCCUCGAUACUGAUGACGGGAAAACUCUGGCAGACGUUAGUAUUACGCACGGUGAUAUUGUUGUGCUGGAAGUGCGUAGUAAAAACGGAACGUGGCCAUCUUCGGUUCAACGUUCUACGGUCACUCGGUCGGCGACUGGUAUGAAGGCACAUGCACCCGGUCUUUGCGGCCUGACCAAUCUUGGAAACACGUGCUUCAUGAACAGUGCUUUGCAAUGUCUGUCGAAUACACCUCCACUAACGGAAUUUAUUACCAGCGACAAAUACCUGGCCGAAAUUAACCGAAAUAAUCCGCUUGGCAUGGACGGAAGGAUUGCCGAGGCAUACGGUGACCUGAUCAAAAAUAUGUGGUCGGGAAAUAUGAAUUGCUUUACGCCGCGAGAUUUCAAGUACGUUGUCGGUAGUUUUGCGCCACAGUUCAGCGGCUAUGCACAGCAAGAUUGCCAGGAACUGAUGGCAUUUUUACUGGACGGAUUGCACGAAGAUCUCAACCGAAUCACCAAGAAACCGUACAUUGAAUUGAAGACUGAUGUCGACCAAAGACCCGAUCUUAUUGUGGCCAAUGAGUCUUGGGAAAAUUACAAGAAACGCAACGACAGCAUCAUCGUGGACACAUUUCACGGGCUGCUUAAGUCGACUCUGGUUUGUCCCGAUUGUGAACUGGUUAGUGUGACAUUCGAUCCGUUUUGCUAUUUGUCACUACCGUUGCCGGUGAAACGAGAACGACAGAUCGACGUUAUCUUCGUUCCAGCCGAUGCCGCGUCAGAAGACUCGAAUGGCAACCGAGAAACUGAAGUGGCGUUCCUGUUCAGUGGAUUGACCGUGCCCAAGUACGGUGCAAUUGGUGACAUUUGUCGGGCACUGGCACUCGCCGUCGAUAGGGAAAAGAUUCUCGACCAUCAGAUUGACCACACAAAAUUGAUCGUGGCUGAUGUUUACCACCAUCGCAUCCACAGAAUAUUUGAACAUGAAGAGGCGAUCGUGUCUCAGCUGAAAGAUUUAGUUAUUUAUGAAAUGCCGCCCAAUGGAAGCGCGUUUCCGGUCUAUUUCCGGGAAGUUCAACCUGAUGGGGAAAAGUUUCUCUUCGGUCGACCAUUUUUCGUCGGAGUGAACGAACCACACUACGACGCGCUACGUGAUAAAGUGGCCCAGCAUUUGUGCAACUACAAUAGGACUGUCGGUCUGGAUGAUUCCACGGAUUCCGAUGAAAUGAUGUCGGCAGACGGUAACGGAACGGAAUUGUUUUCGCUAACACUUACAAAUUCGAUGGGAACCAUUGACAUUGUAACACUCGAUCCACAUACACCAAUCCAACUAAACCGAAACAGUUACCUAGCCGUGGACCUUCCAUCUAAAGCUAAAGCAAAAUACUACGAUCCUGAGCGGGAGAAUCCCUUCAAGGUCGCCCUUCACAAGUCUACGAAUCAAAGUCGGUCCAGCAUUGCCCUGUCGGAAUGCAUACACAAUUUCACAACGACGGAAAAGUUAGGCGCCGACGAUUCGUGGUACUGUCCGACAUGUAAGAAACAUCAACAAGCGACAAAAAAGUUCGAUUUAUGGGAAGUGCCGAACGUGCUGAUCAUUCAUUUGAAACGGUUUUCGUAUUCCCGCCAUUGGCGCGACAAAUUGGACACUUCGGUGGAUUUUCCGAUCACCGGUCUAGACAUGGGGGCUCAUGUGCUGCAUAAUCCUGACAAGAAAUCGAUUCUAUACGAUUUGAUAGCGGUAUCGAACCAUUAUGGCAGUCUGGGUGGUGGCCAUUAUUCUGCUUACGCAAAAAAUAGUGAAACUAGCAAGUGGUAUUACUUCAACGAUUCCAGUGUCAGUGAGUCGGAUGAAAAAGAUGUCGUGUCGAAGCAGGCAUAUGUCCUCUACUACUUGAAGCGCAACGAGGUUUGAGGUAUGGGCUUCACGUAAAUACGAAUUUUGUUUUGAAGAUAAUUUGUUUGGAACGAAAUAAAAAAUUUCGAAUUAUAAAA